AUGGGUGCCAGAUCUCCGGAGAACGAUGAACAUGGGCACCAUGGACAUGGUGACUCACCCAGCCUGGACGGCUCGAACCCGUUGUCCGGAGGAGAAAAGCGUGGCUGUCACCUUGCCCGAGACGGGGAUGGGUGUCUCGGCAACGGCGGUGGUGACGAUGAAGAGAGCGACGGUGACGACGGUGAAGUAGACCCAACCACGGCCGACGCAGAAACCACUCAAAAGAAGCGCAGGAAGCGCAACAAGAAAAAGUCCAAGAAGAAGAGCAAGGCCAAUUCGCCCCUCGAGCAGACCUCCCCCCCGCGAAUCCCGCUCGACCAGCUCUUCCCCUCCGGCAACUUCCCCGAGGGCGAAGUCCAGCACUACCAGGCCACCUCCCGGACAACGACCGCCGAACACCGCCACGAGGCGCGGCAGAAGUACUGGGAAGACGAGACCUUCCUCCGGAACUACCGCAAGGCAGCCGAGAUCCACCGCCAGACCCGCCGAUGGGUGCACGAGUUCGCCAAGCCAGGCGUGGCACUGCUUGAUAUCGCUGAGGGCAUCGAGGACAGCGUCCGGGCCCUGUUGGAUAAUUCCGGUCUGGGCCCCGGUGAUGGCCUCAAGUCUGGAAUGGGAUUCCCCACGGGGUUGUGUCUCAACAACCAGGUGGCACACUACACGCCGAACCCGGGCCAGAAACCGGUUGUGCUGCAGCAGCAGGAUGUGUUGACGGUGGACUUUGGGGUGCAGAUCAACGGGUGGAUUGUUGACAGUGCCUUCACCACGGCGUUUGACCCGACGUAUGACAAUUUGCUGGCUGCAGUCAAGGAUGCGACCAAUACCGGUGUGAAGACCGCCGGCAUCGACGUCCGCAUCAGCGAUGUUAGCGCCGCCAUCCAAGAGGUCAUGGAGAGCUACGAGGUGGAAAUCCGUGGCAAGACGUACCGCGUCAAACCCAUCCGAAACCUCUCGGGUCACAACAUCGCGCAGUACCGCAUCCAUGGCGGCAAGUCGAUCCCGUUUAUUAAGACUCGGGAUCAGACCAAAAUGGAGGAGGGCGAGGUGUUUGCCAUUGAGACUUUUGGGUCGACCGGCCGCGGUUAUAUUGUUGACGAUGUUGGCAUUUAUGGCUACGGACUCAGCUACAGCGCUCCAUCGAACCCGCCCUUGACUUUGUCUACUGCCAAGCGUCUGCACAAGACUAUUCGGGAAAACUUUGGCACCAUUGUGUUUUGCCGUCGAUAUCUCGAACGUCUUGGUGUUGAGAAAUACCUCGCUGGCAUGAAUCAUUUGGUUCAAGCAGGUGUCGUUGACGAGUAUGAGCCUCUCAUGGAUGUUAAGGGCUCUUACUCCGCCCAGUUUGAACAUACCUUCCUUCUCCGCGAAACACACAAGGAAAUUCUUAGUCGUGGAGACGACUACUAA